AUGGCUCCCGGAAUGACAGCUAGUGCGUCCGUUCCGGCGAGUGCACGCAGCUCUGUCGGCCCAACCAAGCCCAAGCCAAAGGUCAACUCCAAUGGCUACCAUCCGACUACCGCGAUACCUCUCAGUGCCAUGCACAGCCCAGCCCUCGAUCUCACCUCUGUCGAACGCCGUGGUCAGCCUACUGCUGCCCGCGAACCCAUCAAGAAGGCUAGCAGACCGCACGGUAUCUCCGAUGCACCGACCUACUAUCCGACGUUAGAGGAAUGGCACGAUCCCCUGGAAUACGUCAAGAAAAUUGGCCCCGAGGCCUCGCAGUACGGGCUCUGCAAGAUUAUCCCACCCGAUUCUUGGAAUCCGGAAUUUGCCAUCAACACAGAGAAAUUUCAUUUCCGAACCAGAAAACAAGAGCUCAACUCCGUGGAAGGCAGCACUCGGGCAAACCUAACAUAUUUGGAUGGUCUUGCCAAGUUCCACAAGCAGCAGGGCAGUAACCUGCAUCGCCUACCUUAUGUCGACAAGAAACCCCUGGACCUUUAUCGCCUGAAAAAGGCUGUUGAGUCACGAGGCGGCUUCGAUAAGGUCUGCAAACACAAAAAGUGGGCAGAGAUUGGUCGUGACCUAGGAUAUAGUGGGAAGAUUAUGAGCUCUCUUUCCACAUCCCUAAAGAACUCGUAUCAAAGAUGGCUCUGCCCGUACGAAGACUAUCUCCGCAUCGCCAAACCUGGCGUCCAUCAGCAGCUGGAGCAGGAAUACGGCGGACCCCUGACGCCCAGCCCUGCGCAAACCCCCGUCAAACGCUCGCAAGUCAAUACUCCAUCCGGUACGAACGCCGAAUCUCCAGCUAGGAAUGCUUCCGAGGCUUUGCAAAAUGGUCUCAAGCGGGAGGCUGACCGUGACACCCCUAUGAUUGAUGCUCCCCUAGCUCCCACAUCUGGAGGCUCCUCAUUCACAGCCGUCAAUUCCGGCUUCACCAGCAUUAACAAAAAUACAAGCGAGCGCAAAAGCUUCACGCCAGAAGUACCCGGCACCCGGAAUGCGACACCGGAUGAUCACACUGGUCUUGGCAGUGCCGCCCAGGUCAAAAGAGGAAUCAGCGCUGACGAUGCGUCUGAUGCUUCAAAGAAAGAAGCUGAUGGUGAUAACGAAGAUGCUACAAAUCGUCGAAGCAAACGUCUUCGGAAAGACAAUGUCCCUACUGUUGCCGGCUCCCAUAUGACGCCGUUCCGCCCUUCCGUUCCUCGCAUUCCACGCGAAGAAGAUCUUGCCCCAGGCGAAGCGUGUGAGACCUGCGGUCAAGGUGAGAGUGCUGGACUAUUACUCAUCUGCGAAUCUUGCGACAAUUCGUACCAUGGGCUUUGUUUGGACCCCCCUCUGAAGCGAAAGCCAGAGGCUGAAUGGAACUGCCCCCGUUGCCUCGUUGGUGAUGGACAGUUUGGUUUCGAAGAAGGCGGCUUGUACUCGCUCAAGCAAUUCCAGCAGAAGGCCAACGACUUCAAACAAGGAUACUUCGAGAAAAAGAUGCCAUUCGACAGUGCCCUAAAAUGCCAUCGGCCGGUUACCGAAGAGGAUGUCGAGAAUGAGUUCUGGCGUCUUGUUGCUGAUUUGGAGGAAACUGUCGAGGUUGAAUACGGCGCCGAUAUUCACUGUACUACUCACGGUUCUGGCUUCCCUACGCUCGAAAAGAACCCCGGCAACCCUUACGCCGCGGAUGGCUGGAACCUCAAUGUGCUCCCGUUUGCCUCGGAGAGUUUAUUCCGGCAUAUCAAGUCUGACAUCUCGGGAAUGACUGUUCCUUGGGUGUACGUUGGCAUGAUAUUUUCUACAUUUUGCUGGCACAAUGAAGACCAUUAUGCCUAUUCCGCAAACUAUCAGCAUUUCGGCGCUACAAAAACGUGGUACGGCAUCCCUGGUGACGAUGCCGAAAAAUUUGAAGCAGCGAUGCGAGAAGCUGUACCAGAGCUCUUUGAAACCCAACCAGACCUGCUCUUCCAGCUUGUAACCUUGCUCACCCCCGAGCAGCUCACCAAGGCCGGGGUCCGCGUGUACGCCGUCGAUCAACGUGCUGGCCAGAUGGUCAUCACUUUCCCCCAGGCUUACCACGCUGGCUUUAAUCACGGAUUUAAUUUCAAUGAAGCCGUCAACUUUGCCCCGCCGGACUGGGAGCCAUAUGGUAUGGCUGGUGUGGAGAGGCUGCAAGCAUUUCGAAGACAACCAUGCUUCUCUCACGAUGAGUUGCUGUGGACUGCUGCUGAAGGAGCUUCGGCUGGCCUGACCAUCCCGACGGCCAAAUGGCUCGGUCCCGCUCUUGAGCGCAUCCAGAGGAGAGAAUUGGCGGAGCGUGAGCUGUUUGUCAAAAAUCAUCUCGAAUCGACUUCUCACAAAUGCCAGUGCUUCAAGGAAGAAGAUGGAAACUGCCCCCUCGCAUUUAAAGUCGAAGAUGAAGAUGUUCUGGACGAGGACGAACAGUGCUGCAGUUACUGCAAAGCCUUUGCUUACCUGUCCAGAUAUAAAUGCCACCAGUCUGGUAAGGUUUUGUGCAUUACACAUGCCGGCAACCACCCUUGUUGCGAUGAAAGUGAACAAAACAGGUACCUCGGCACCGGUCAUACGCUUUAUUAUCGCAAAACGGAGGAGAUGAUGAAGGACGCCCACAACAAAGUCAUCGAGAAGGCUGACACCCCUAAACAAUGGGAAGAGAAGUACGCAAAACUCCUUGACGAAGAGGUGACUCCAUCGCUGAAAUCUCUUCGAGGUCUACUUCACGAAGGCGAACGCAUUCCCUUCGAUCUUCCGUCCCUACCCAUUCUCAAAGAAUUCGUCGGUCGAUGCAACGAGUGGGUCGAUGAAGCAACGAGCUACCUCGUACGCAAGCAACAAAAUCGACGGAAAAAUGAGCGCGCUUGGCAGACUGGCACACGUAGCUCCAUCGGCAGCAGCUCCUAUCAAGACCAGAAGGAGCCCGAGUCCCGCAGCGUGGACAAUAUUUAUCGGCUACUUCAUGCCGCUGAGCACAUUGGUUUCGAGUGCCCAGAGAUUUUGCAGCUUCAAGAGCGCGCAGCUUCCAUCAAGGAAUUCCAAGCCAAUGCCUCACGAGCGCUGGAGAAUGGCACCAGCCUGAGCGUGGAGGCUAUCGAGGAGCUUCUCGAGGAGGGACGAACUUUCAACGUUGAUACACCUGAGAUUGAUGCUCUUUCUAAGAUGCUGGAUCAGGUGCGGUGGAAUGAGAAGGCUCGCGCAAGCCGCGGACUAAUCUUGUCCCUGGCCGAUGUUAAGAAUUUGAUCGAUGAAGGCAAGCGCCUAGAAAUCCCUUCAUACAACGAUCACUUCACAUUCUACUGCGACCAAAUGGCUGCAGGACAAUCCUGGGAGACCAAGGCAAGGGAACUCAUUCACGCCGAAUUUGUUCAUUACCAACAGCUCGAGGCACUGUCUAAGCAAGUACAAGCUGGUGCGUUGCCGGUCUCCAAGGAGACAUGGGAUGCAGUGGAUGAAAUCCUGCAUAAGCAGCGGGAGGCCCACCGACAGAUCAUCAGCAUUACCGAGCGUUGCAAAGAGACCGACUUUCGCAAGCGCCCUAGGUACACCGAGGCGGUUAACCUGAUGUUCAAACUUGAUGAGCUCAACUCGAAGCCAAAUGGCACCUUGGACCUCGAGAAUGAGCGCAAACGUCACGAGGACUGGAUUCGCAAAGGCAAGCGGCUAUUCGGGAAGUCUAAUGCUCCGCUUCAUAUCCUCAAGAGUCAUCUUGACCAUGUGCUAGAGCGUAACACCGACUGCUUCGAUACGGAGCACGAUACUCCCCGUUUACCCGCAGAGCCUGUGUCCAGAGAGCAAAGCCCGGACGAUAGCAAAGACCCUGAUCCCAGUCGCCAACGCCAAGUAUUCUGCUUUUGCCGUAGGAUUGAGGCCGGCAUGAUGAUUGAAUGCGAGCUCUGUCAUGAGUGGUAUCAUUAUAAAUGCCUCAAGAUUGCACGCGGCAAAGUCAAGGAGGAUGACAAGUAUACGUGCCCCAUCUGCGACUGGAGAAUGAUGAUACCCAGAGAUGCCGCCCGGCCGAAGCUCGAGGAUCUGAUUGCACUCAUCGAGGAGGUACCACUGCUCCCAUUCCAGCCAGAGGAAGAAGAGGUUUUGCAGGAAAUUAUUACAAACGCGCAAAACUUCCGCGAAUACGUCGCACGAUACUGCAAUCCUAUUCUUUCAACAGAAGCUGAGGCUGAUACACAACGAUUCUACUUGCGCAAACUCGAAGGUGCCGAAGUCCUGCUCGCCUACGAGACCAAUUUCUUUCGACAGGAGCUGCACAAGUGGUGUCCAGUUGCGCCCGAGGCACCACCUAUUCUCGAGGUAUCACUUAGCACCCGGAAGCCGCGACCAACGAAGCUGCAAAAGAUGCUCGUGGAAUAUGGCGUCGAGAACCCUGACGACCUACCAGAGCAUGCCAAGGGGAAAGCCAAUAGUUUGCGACGCAAGGCCGCCAAUGCUGAGGCAGCAGCAGCAGCAGCUCAAUCUGGAUAUGGCUCUCUACAACCGCCAUCUUCGAAUCCCUCGUAUGGCGGACCGGCUUACUAUGCUCAAGAUGGGCCAGGAGGCCUGUACAAACGUGAAUAUUCGACCGAUGAAAGCCGUCGGAAUUCUAUGGCAGAUCAGCCCCGGGAGAAAUCCAUCUCUAGGGGCCAGGAGAAGGCCGACAGUGCGGGUAACUCUAUAGACGAAGCCAUUGAGGGCAUCAAUAUCCACACGGAAGAGGGCAAAGCAAAGGCACUUGAAAUCUUUGGUCGAACUGAGGCGGGGAGAAGACAGGCUGAGAAAAUUUGGGGCACGGAAGUGUGGUCAAAGAAGCCGAUGCGCGAUGUGGAUAUGGGCACUUCCAAAAGGAAUGACGAGCCUAAAGACGAGGGCAAGAUGGAAAAGAUGCUGAUGGACUUGACCGACGAAAAGCGGGCCGAAGAAAAGCCCAAAGAUGACAAGACCCAGGACGAUGUCAAAAUGACUACAGAGUCUCUGGAGGAUGAGCGCAACGGGUUGGACGCAAUAAUAGAUGGGGCCUAG